UUUCAAAUGAAGAUUGCUGAUUUUGGUAUACCUUGUGAGGAGGCGUACUGUGAUUUAUUGGCUGAUGACCCAGGAACUCAUAGAUGGAUGGCGCCUGAGAUGAUAAAAAAAGAAAUCUUACGGAAAAGGGGUAGAUGUGUACAGCUUUGGGCUAAUUUUGUGGGAGAUGGUGACCGGAACAAUUCCCUAUGAAGUUAUGAAUCCCAUACAAGCUGCUUUUGCCGUAGUGAAUAAGUGGCAAGUGGUGGGUACCUAUGUGGCAUUUUCCAGGCUUAUAAGGAAGGUGUUCAUUUGACUUUGAAGGUAAUAAAAAUUGGGUCUUGGGUUUGGUUUGGUGGUGGUGAUCAAUUUUUUUGAUGGUGUGUGAGAUUAUUUUUGUGUGUUAAUGGAGAAAAUAUUGAAGUUUAUUGUGGUUUAUUAUUUGAUUUGUCUGCUUGAGCUUGAGUGGUUUGUUGAUUGUAGUUGACCUUGAAGUUUGAAUCUUUAGAGGUUACUUGUUGAUGGGAUUGGAGAGAUUUGGCAAUUUAGUUGCUUGAUUUCAAGUUGGUUUGUUUUUAAUUCAUCUUAAAAAGUUUGUUUUAGGGUUUGAAUUCUUGAAUUAUUGGUGGAAUUGAGAUAAGUUUAAAUGGAGGAGGAGAGUGGUUCUUGGAUUAGGAGAGCAAAGUAUUCACAUACAGUUUGUCAUCGUUUUGAUUCUUCAAGAUUGGGAUCUUUUCAUGUUCAGGGAGAGGGUGAUUUAGAUUUGAAAUCUAGGCCUGGAAUGUCAAUUUCUGAUCAGAAAUUUGAUUCCUUUACCCAUCAGAAGUCUGCUUCAUUUGCCAAUCAUAAACCCUCUGUUGCUGCUGAUUCUCAGAUUCAGCUUCAUCAUCCUAUGGCUAACAAACAGCGAUCUUUAUCUCCUUCGCCGCAGAUAAACCUGUCGGAUACUUUUAAGGAAGCGAGGUCUGAGAGGAAGCGGUUUUCAACCCCGCAACCUAGUAGAAAAGAUCAAGAUAAAGCAGCAAGUUCUGUAGAAACCAAAUCAUCAAAACGUCAUACAAGUCCACUUCGGUACUUGACUUCAUUGAAGGGUAAUGAUAAGUCGAAGUCUAAAAAGGACUCGGCUUGGACGAAGUAUUUUGACCAUGUUGGAGGACAGGUUAAUGCUGUAGAAGCUGCUGAUGAAUUUAGUGUUGAUAUGUCCCAGCUGUUUCUUGGUCUUAGAUUUGCUCAUGGAGCACAUAGCAGGCUUUACCAUGGUGUAUACAAGGAUAAGCCUGUUGCUGUUAAAAUUAUCCGGGCACCUGAUGAUGACGAUAAUGUAACAUUAGCAGUUAGAUUAAAGAAUCAAUAUGACCGGGAAGUUGCCCUUUUAUCUCGACUUCUCCAUCCAAAUGUUAUUAAGUUUGUAGCAGCAUGCAAGACGCCGCCAGUUUAUUGUGUUAUAACAGAAUAUUUAUCUGAAGGUUCCUUGAGAGGAUACCUUCAUAAGUUGGAGCACAAGUCUCUUCCGCUAGAGAAAUUAAUCUCAGUAGCUCUGGGAAUUGCUCGUGGAAUGGAAUACAUUCACUCCGAAGGUGUUAUUCAUCGAGAUCUUAAACCUGAGAAUAUACUUAUUGAUCAAGAGUUUCAGAUGAAGAUUGCUGAUUUUGGUAUAGCUUGUGAGGAGGCAUACUGUGACUUAUUGGCUGAUGACCCAGGGACGUAUAGGUGGAUGGCGCCUGAGAUGAUAAAAAAGAAAUCUUACGGAAAAGGGGUAGAUGUGUACAGCUUUGGGCUAAUUUUGUGGGAGAUGGUGGCCGGAACAAUCCCCUAUGAAGAUAUGAAUCCCAUACAAGCUGCUUUUGCCGUAGUGAAUAAGAAUUUGAGACCCGUUAUCCCACGAAGUUGCCCUGCUGCUAUGAAAGCCUUAAUCGAGCAAUGCUGGUCCCUGCAACCGGAUAAAAGGCCUGAGUUUUGGCAGAUUGUGAAGGUAUUAGAGCAUUUCGAGUCAUCACUCAGCUGUGACGGGACGCUGAAUUUGGUAAUAAACACAACUUGCCAAGAUCAUAAGAAAGGUCUUCUCCAUUGGAUUCAAAAGCUUGGUCCUGUUCAUCAUCCUAGUAAUGCCUAAACCUAAAUUCACAUGAAUCUUUCUUGUUAUAUGACCCGGCUUUUGUAGGACACCGGGUUACUUGUAUUUAAGAAAAAAAGGUUUGUUUCUGAUUAAGCCUCUUUAUUUGUACUUUUAUAUAUAUAUUUGUCACAUUCAUGUGAGUGAAUUUAUAGAUUGGUAGGCAUCCAUUGACGGCAAGUAUCACAUUUUAGGGUGUUAUGAACAUUUGCCGAUGAAAAUGAAUAGACUUUGCUUUU